GAGCGGCGACCACAGCCACACAUUCCAGCACGAGCUUCGCUCCAACCAAGCCAGUCAGUCGCAGACAAGGGCCAGUCAGAAGUGCUAGUGUGGUGGCUGCAACCGUUACUCUUGCAACUGCUACGUGUGCACGGCUUCGCUGCCCUAUUCCUCUGUCCGUAACAAGUUCCUACCUUCCAGACCAAAAUGCGUGAGUGUAUCUCGGUCCAUGUCGGGCAAGCCGGUGUGCAAAUCGGCAAUGCGUGCUGGGAACUUUACUGCCUGGAGCACGGAAUACAACCUGACGGGCAGAUGCCCUCAGACAAGACCGUGGGUGGAGGCGAUGAUUCCUUCAACACCUUUUUUUCGGAGACGGGAGCUGGAAAGCAUGUCCCUAGAGCUGUCUUCAUCGAUCUUGAACCAACUGUAGUUGAUGAGGUCAGAACUGGCACCUACCGCCAGCUCUUCCAUCCAGAACAACUCAUCACUGGCAAGGAGGAUGCUGCCAACAACUAUGCACGUGGCCACUACACCAUUGGCAAAGAGAUUGUUGACAUCGUGCUCGACCGUCUCCGCAAAUUGGCUGAUCAGUGCACUGGCCUGCAAGGGUUCCUCAUCUUCCAUUCAUUUGGAGGUGGUACCGGGUCAGGCUUUACAUCUCUCUUAAUGGAGCGUCUCUCUGUGGACUAUGGCAAGAAAAGUAAACUGGAGUUUGCUGUGUACCCUGCACCCCAGGUUUCUACUGCCGUUGUGGAACCCUACAACUCCAUCCUCACCACUCACACAACUCUUGAGCACUCUGACUGUGCGUUCAUGGUUGACAAUGAGGCCAUCUAUGACCUCUGCCGCCGUAAUUUGGAUAUUGAGCGCCCCACUUACACCAACUUGAACCGUCUUAUUGGCCAGAUUGUCUCUUCAAUAACAGCCUCACUCAGAUUUGAUGGAGCUUUGAAUGUUGACCUGACAGAGUUCCAGACCAACUUGGUGCCCUACCCCCGUAUUCAUUUUCCCCUUGUCACUUAUGCCCCUGUAAUUUCUGCUGAGAAGGCUUACCAUGAGCAACUGUCAGUAGCUGAAAUGACAAAUUCUUGCUUUGAGCCAGCCAACCAGAUGGUGAAGUGUGACCCUCGCCAUGGAAAGUACAUGGCCUGUUGCCUUUUGUACCGAGGUGACGUUGUGCCCAAGGAUGUCAAUGCCGCCAUCGCCAACAUCAAAACUAAGAAGAGCAUCCAAUUUGUUGAUUGGUGCCCUACUGGCUUCAAGGUUGGCAUCAACUACCAACCCCCAACCGUCGUCCCUGGUGGUGACUUGGCCAAGGUUGCAAGAGCAGUCUGCAUGCUUUCCAAUACCACAGCCAUUGCUGAGGCAUGGGCUCGCCUCAAUCAUAAAUUCGACCUGAUGUACGCCAAGCGUGCCUUUGUUCACUGGUAUGUUGGAGAGGGUAUGGAGGAGGGAGAAUUCUCCGAGGCACGCGAGGAUCUUGCUGCGUUGGAGAAGGACUAUGAAGAAGUUGGUAUGGACUCAGUUGAUGGGGAUGAGGGUGGUGAGGAAUACUAAAUGUUACUCACUUGAUGUUUGUUGAAUUUUAUACAUAUUAUUUACCAACAUGACAUGAGGCUUUAUUAAUGCUUUUUAUAUUAUUAAAUGUCUUUCCCAAACUUGA